GUUGCCCACCAUUUGCGCUUCACCCCGCUUGGAAGGGAGGAAGACCUUUGUGCUCCCAAUACAAAAACCAAAAACGGGCCUCGAGUCAGUCUUCUUUCUCCCUAGCUACAACAUACGGCCGUCGAAUUGGAAUAGGCAGUAGCUAUGGAUACCAUCAUCGACAUCAAGGAUGCCUCUAAGGCGCUGGACUUGUCUAACAUUCGCUUUCAGCUGAUCCGACUAGAGGAUACGAUCACCUUCCACCUGAUCGAGCGAGUUCAGUUCCCGCUCAACAAGAACAUCUACAUCCCCGGCGCCAUCGAGAUCGGCGAGGACAACAAGCUCAGCUUCAUGGAUUGGUAUCUGAGGGAGCAGGAGAAGCUGCAGUCCCUGAUUCGGCGCUACGAGGCCCCCGACGAGUAUCCGUUCUUCCCCGACGCGCUGCAGAAACCCAUACUCAAGCCCCUCAACUACCCCAAGAUCCUGCAUCCGAGCACCGUCAACGUCAACGAGAAGAUCAAGAAGUUCUACGUCGAGGACUUCCUGCCGGCCGUGUGCCCGAACUUCGGCCGCCCGGACAGCGGCGAGAGGGAGGAAAACUACGGCUCCUCUGCCACGUGCGACAUCGCCUGCCUCCAGGCCCUGUCGCGCAGGAUACACUUUGGCAUGUUCGUGGCCGAGUCCAAAUUCCAGUCCGACCCCGAGCUGUACACCCGGUUGAUCAAAGCGGGCGACCGCGACGGCAUCGGCGAGUCUAUUACGAACGCGGCGGUUGAGAAGCAGGUUCUGGCGCGACUAGGAUUGAAGGCGCGCACCUACGGCACGGAUCCAUCUACAAACGACUCCGAGGAUAACCGCAAGAUUAAUGUCGACGCAGUGGUCUCCAUGUACAGGGACUUUGUCAUCCCGUUGACGAAAGAGGUGGAGGUGGAAUAUCUGAUGCAACGGCUAGACUAGACAAAUCACGGAAUAUAGAUACGGAAAGCUAGAUAAAAAGGUCGUGUGU